CCCCCGGCGGCCGGCGGCCCCAGAAGCUGGUAGUCGCGCGCGAGCUUCCCCAAGAUGGCGGUGGCUAGAGAUGCCUGUGGCUUAGGAGAACUCUCCUUAGGGAACGGCCGGCGGCUCCACCUGGGGAUUCCGGAGGCCGUGUUUGUGCUUCUCCAUCAUCAUCUGGAAAGAAAAUAUUCUAGGAUAACAUCAUUAAAAACAGCUCUGAUAAAGCACGGUCACUGCUACGUAUCAUCAAGCAGGUACAAGGAAGAUGUGGAUUCCUACAUGAAACAGCCUGGGAAUGAGACUGCGGAUACAGUGCUGAAGAAAUUGGAUGAACAGUACCAGAAGUAUAAGUUUAUGGAACUCAACCUUGCUCAAAAGAAAAGGAGGCUAAAGGGUCAGAUUCCUGAAAUUAAGCAGACUUUAGAAAUUCUGAAAUACAUGCAGAAGAAGAAAGUAAGUGCAUUUUUGUUUAUAAAUGAGUCCACCAAUUCAAUGGAGACCAGAUUCUUACUGGCAGAUAACCUGUACUGCAAAGCUUCAGUUCCUCCUACCGAUAAAGUGUGUCUGUGGUUGGGGGCUAACGUAAUGCUUGAAUAUGAUAUCGAUGAAGCUCAGGCAUUGUUGGAAAAGAAUUUAACAACUGCCACAAAAAACCUGGAUUCUCUUGAGGAAGACCUUGACUUUCUUCGAGAUCAGUUUACUACCACUGAAGUCAAUAUGGCCAGGGUUUAUAAUUGGGACGUAAAAAGAAGAAACAAAGAUGAUUCCGCCAAGAACAAAGCAUAAUUCUCGCAAUGAAAAAUGUGGUUCAUUUUUCCAAACAUGUCCUUUUAAAUAUUCCAAAGUUUAUUCUUAAAAGUUGACAUUAAUUUGAAUGUUUUUUUAAACAGUAAGAAUGAUCAUUAAAACUUUAGAAAGAGAUAAUCACUGACACCAUUUUAUUUAUUUAUGAAAACAAAAUUAAUUCCAAAUAUUUUAUGGAAUUAGCAGUAUUUUUUACUUUUUAUUUGCAUUUCCAACAUAGUAAAUGCUACUUUCAUCAUUUUUUUGUUUGUUUAUUUUAAGAAAAGUCUUAAUUGAAAUGGCUGAAAACAGAUGUAUGCUGUGGAGGCUGAAUUCUGGACACUUAAGCACAGUUUACUUUUUCUUUAUUAUAUGAUGUUACUCUCAAAUAUUUGCAGACUUGCUUUUCUUCAGUACAUGUGGGGCUUUAUAGCCCUCUGUUGCUGUUAUUUAUUAUAAUAUUCUGUACUUUACAGGAAAUGGUCACUUGCCUUCUUAAGUUUUAAGAGGGUUCUUAAGACAACACUUUUUCCUGUCCUCUGUCAGUGCACAGUGUCUUUGCAAUGCCAACAUAAGGGAGAUUUCAGCCAAUAUGAAAUAACAAAAUUACCCACUCAAACUCUUGGCUAAGGUGAUUUUGUAUUUCUUCAUUCUCCAAAGCAGCUGAACAAAAAUAUUAAGAUUAAAAACAACGGUUGAAACAA